AUGGAUAAAGCCUUACCAAAAUGGAUCUCUGAAACAGUGACACUGGACUUCAUAGCUGAUCCGGAACAUUUUCAACACUGCAUCUUCAAUAAAUUUUUGUGGUUCCUGAAGUUGAAGGCAUCACAGGAUUUGGAUCUGGGCAAGAAUGGCUAUACUUUAACUUGUACGUUUAAUUUAAAAGACACUUUAGUGCUUACUGGGAUCGAGAAUACGUUUCCUAAUGGGAACAAGGAGUCAAAUGCCAUUUCAGAGCAAGAUGUGUGA